CCCAGGUGGGUGUGGAUGGGGCAGCCCAGCGCCCCGGCCCUGCUGCCUCUGUGCUUCGUGUCGACGGCUGCCUUUGCUGGGGGGCAGCAGGCUGUGACCCAGGUGGGUGUGGAUGGGGCAGCCCAGCGCCCCGGCCCUGCUGCUGCCUCUGUGCCCCCAGGUCCUGCAGCACCCUUCCCACUGGCUGUAAUCCAAAAUCCCUUCAGCAAUGGCGGCAGCCCAGCAGCUGAGGCUGUCAGUGGGGAGGCACGAUUUGCCUAUUUCCCAGCGUCCAGUGUGGGAGAUACCACGGCUGUGUCGGUACAGACCACAGACCAGAGCUUGCAGGCCGGAGGCCAGUUCUAUGUCAUGAUGACGCCCCAGGACGUGCUUCAGACAGGAACGCAAAGGACGAUUGCACCGCGGACCCAUCCCUACUCCCCGAAAAUUGAUGGAACUAGAACACCCCGGGAUGAGAGAAGGAGAGCUCAGCACAAUGAAGUGGAGCGGAGGCGGAGGGACAAGAUCAACAACUGGAUUGUCCAACUUUCAAAAAUCAUUCCAGAUUGUAACACAGACAACAGCAAGACAGGAGCGAGUAAAGGAGGGAUCCUGUCAAAGGCCUGCGACUACAUCCGGGAGCUGCGCCAGACCAACCAGCGCAUGCAGGAGACCUUCAAGGAGGCCGAACGGCUGCAGAUGGAUAAUGAGCUCCUGAGGCAACAGAUUGAGGAGCUGAAGAAUGAGAAUGCCGUGCUUCGAGCCCAGCUGCAGCAGCACAACCUGGAGAUGGUGGGCGAGAGCAACCGGCAGUGACGCCCUUCCCGUCGUGCGGCAGGCCCUCCUCUGGGACUGCUGCCCCCUUCCCCAGCCCUUAGCACAGAGAGGGACAGAUGCCCCUCCCCCAGCUGCGUUUUUUUAUAGUAGAUUUUUAACAAAAAAAAAUGGGGAGAAGUAAUGCAUUUCUUUGGAUAAACACCCACUGCUCUCCUGGAUGUGGAAAUGAUCUCCCUCCCCCAUCUGUCUGCCCCUUCUCCUGGCCCUCACUAAGCCCCAGCACUUCUAGUGGUCUCGCCUGGAGGCAAAAGGGAGGAGGACAGAGGCCCUGCCAUAUCCCGCUGCCUCUUUUGGCCUCUAGAGGUACUGACAUGGUGCUUACGGGCAGGAGGGGAGCCUUUGGGGGGCCAUCCCUGGGACCUGGACCUAAGAAGGGAGGCCAUGUCUCACCCCACCUCUUGUUUCUGGAUUCCUGCUCCCCUUUGAGUGUGUGUGUGUGUGUGUGUGUGUGUGUGUGUGUGUGUUUUAAUUUUCUUUAUGGAAAAAUGGACAAAAAAUAGAGAGAGAGGUAUUUAACUGCAAUAAACUGGCCCCAUGUGGCCCCGCCUUGUC